AUGAACAAUGAAUCACCUAUUAGAUCAAAAAGUAUUGAAAUCAAUCUCACAAAGAUGCUUGAUAGAAUGAAAAAUAAUUCAUUUAAUAUGUAGAAAGUAAGUGUUGGUGAUUUAAUCAAUAAAAGUCAAACUCAUGUAAUUGCUAAACCAAUUAGAUAAUCAAUGACUCCUACACCUGAAGAAAAAGAGAAUAAAGAACUUACAUUUAAACCAUAAAUUAAUGUACUAUUAUAUUCUUAUAUAAGAAAUAUCCAAAUUAUUUGAAACAAACAUCAUUUUUAGAGAGAAAUGAAUAAUGGCAAAAAAAUAAAUUGUAAAAAUAAUAAGAAACAAGCAAAGCAUAUUUAGAAGAAAAAGAAAAGAUUAUAAAUCAAGAAUGUUCUUUUAAACCAAAAAUCACUCCUCAUUAAUCUGCAAGGCUACCAAGACAAUAGAAAUAAUAUACUUAACCAAGCACAAAUAUCAUCAAAUAAUAAACAGUAAUACCAAAUAUAACAAUGCAAGCUAUAUAAUAUGAAUUAAGGAAAUAGUUGCAUGGUCUAGAAUUAUGA